GCGCGGGGAGGGCAGUUCUUGGGGCCUAACACUGUACACAACACAUGGCGGCCCUGUGGCUGCGCUCAUCCAGGCGGGGGGUGACCCUGGCAAGGGGCAGCCGUGGGUUAGCAGGGAUACAUCAUGACUAUGACUUGCUAGUGAUUGGUGGUGGCUCUGGGGGUCUUGCAUGUGCCAAAGAAGCUGCACAGUUUGGAAAAAAAGUUGCUGUAUUUGAUUACGUGGAACCUUCCCCUCAAGGAACCAAAUGGGGGAUUGGAGGAACGUGUGUGAAUGUUGGCUGCAUUCCCAAAAAACUGAUGCACCAGGCAGCUCUCCUAGGAGGGGCCCUAAAAGAUGCACCACACUAUGGCUGGAAUGUACCUCUAGUUCAGCACAACUGGAAAGUCAAGUAUUUUAACCUGAAAGCCAGUUUUGUUGAUGAGCACAGUGUACGUGGACUGACAAAGGCAGGGAAAGAGACAUUAGUGACUGCGAAAAACAUAGUGAUUGCUACAGGAGGAAGACCAAAGUAUCCCACUCACAUUCCUGGUGCAAUUGAAUAUGGUAUUACUAGCGAUGAUCUGUUUUGGCUGAAAGAGUCUCCAGGAAAAACAUUGGUGGUUGGAGCCAGCUAUGUUUCAUUGGAGUGUGCAGGGUUUUUGUCUGGAAUUGGAUUGGACACCACAGCCAUGGUGAGAAGUAUACCUCUCAGGAGGGUUUGAUCACAAAUGGCUUCCCUGGUAACCGAUUAUAUGGAGUCCUAUGGCACAAGAUUUUUAUGGAGGUGUACACCGUACCAUGUAGAGAAGUUGCUUAGUGGACAACUGAAAGUCACCUGGAACAACACAGAUUCAGGGAAAGAGGAGGCAGACACAUUUGAUACAGUCAUGUGGGCGGUAGGUCGUGCUCCAGAAACACAACAACUGAAUUUGGAGAAGGUGGGAGUGAAAAUAAAAUCAGACACUGGAAAGAUUAUUGUUGAUGCUUCAGAAGCAACAUCGGUCCCACACAUAUUUGCAAUUGGAGACAUUUCAGAGGGUCGCCCAGAACUUACACCUACUGCUAUUGCUGCUGGAAAGCUCUUGGCUCGUCGUUUAUUUGCUAACUCAAAAGAACUCAUGGACUAUGAGAGUGUUCCCACAACAGUGUUUACUCCUUUGGAAUAUGGCUGUGUGGGUCUGUCAGAAGAGGAGGCAAAAGAACGCCAUGGAGAUGACAGCAUUGAGAUUUUCCAUGCCUUUUACAAACCUCUGGAAUUUACAGUGGCUGAAAGAAAUGCUGCACAAUGUUACAUUAAGAUGAUCUGUCUCAGAGAUGAGGACCAACGAAUACUGGGCCUUCACUUUACAGGUCCAAAUGCUGGAGAAAUUGUUCAAGGAUUUGCCCUUGGAAUUAAAUGUGGAGCCACCUAUACCCAGUUAAUGCAGACGGUGGGAAUUCACCCAACCUGUGCAGAAGAAGUUACCAAACUGCACAUCACCAAACGCUCAGGACUAGACCCUACAGUCACAGGUUGCUGAGGUUAAACACCAUCCCUGUAGGAAAGCAUUGCCAGGUGUCUGAAUAGAAAGGGUCAUCUCCCUCUGCUGUACUGUGAAGCAAACACCAUGAAUCACAAUUAAUGAUAACUCCUUUGUAAAUGAGAUACUUUAAUUCACAUGAACAACUUCUGCCAGCACUAAAAUGCAUAUAAAGUGCUUCACAAAUUCAAAGCAUUCAUGACAUGUCUGAAGUUAAAUCAGGGGGAAAGGAGUUGAUAAGAUAGAGCAUUAUGAUGACAAGCUCUUAUACUACAAACAUCCAGGAGGUGGAACUGUAGACCAGCAGAUGCAGCCACAGGUAUUACUAUAAUGUAAUUCAGCUUUUCAUCUGUCAUAAGCCUGGGGCGUACAUUAAAGAAAAGAGUAAUAGCAGCUAAGUCUUUGGGUUCAUUUAUCAUAAAAGGUAACGUAAAUUGCUGAUGUGUAAGACACAUACCAUUCUGCUUUUUCAAUGCCAAUCAAACUUAGCAUCACGCUAUACUUCUUAGCUUCUUGUCCAUAUUUAUUUACCGUCUAUUUCCAGCAAGAGUUUUUUAACCUGUCUCUGUUUAUUAUUUUAGUGUGUGAGUGUAGUGCAGAAAUGUAUCAGAUUUGUAUCUGCUGCUGUUCUCACACACAGUGAAACACUACUGCACUAUAAUGUGUGAUGUGGCACGAUCACUGCACAUGUCACCUUUAAAGGGACACUGAACCCAAUUUUUUUCUUUCGUGAUUCAGAUAGAGCAUGCAAUUUUAAGCAACUUUCUAAUUUACUCCUAUUAUCAUUUUUUCUUCGUUCUCUUGCUAUCUUUAUUUAAAAAAGAAGACAUCUAAGCGUUUAUUUUUUGGUUCAAUACUCUGGACAGCACUUUUUUAUUGGUGGAUGAAUUUAUCACCAAAAAUGGUCCGGCAUCUAAACUUACAUUCUUGCAUUUCAAAUAAAGAUACCAAGACAAUGAAGAAAAUUUGAUAAUAGGAUUAAAUUGGAAAGUUGCUUAAAAUGUCAUGCUCUAUCCAAAUCACGAAAAAAAGAAAAAAAUUGGGUUUGGUGUGCCUUUAACUGAUACAGGGCUCUCAGGUGGCUCAGGGGCUUAAUGGGAAAUAAAAGGCAAUACCCUAAUGUGCAUUUAAUUGUUGCACUACUGUUUGUAUAUACCCGUCUGUGUAACCUUUGCAAAUGGGUUAAACACAUAGUUAAAAUCAGCUCCAAAGCAACAAUCCACUACUGAACACAUCUGGUUGAGCCAAGGACAAGUAGCAUAUGUGUGUAGCCACCAGCUAGCUUCCAGUAGUGAAUUGCUGCUGUUGAUCCUACUUAGGCAUGCUUUUCAACAAAGGAUACCAAUAGAACGACAUAUUGUUUGCAGUAGACGUAAAUUGAAGAGUCUCUAAAACGUCAUGCUAUAUCUGAAUUAUGAAAGUCUCAUUUUGACUUUCCUGUCUCUUUAAUAUCAACAAUUUGUGGAUUCACCUUAUGCUUUGAAACAUAGAAAACCUUUUGCUUUUUCCAGAAGUGAAUAUUCUAAUAUGAAAAGAGCAAGUUUUUGCCUUAAAACAAAGUGUCCAGUCCUUUAUUCAAGGGGCCACUUUCUCACUCAAUAAGCUGACAAGGGAAUCUUGUAAAUACUGCUAACACAUAAAAUACACAAAUGAGAAUAUUAUAACCUGAUACAGGUACAAAUCCCCAAAUCCGGAAUUCUAAAAUACAAACAUUCUGAAAUCCAAAGUUUUAAAAACAAUACAAUUAUCAAAAAUACAAUUUCUGAUGGUACUAUGUAUACAAAAAUAUUAAAAAUUAUAUAAACUACCUUUAGGUUUAGGUAAUAUCUGUAUUAUAACAUAUAAAUAUUACCUAAAUGACAUAAGAUAUUGUUGUUUACGCUAUGCUCCAUCCCCUCUCCAAACUGUCCCAUUUUAAAGAUACAAAUAUUCCAAAAUCCAAACCUUUACCGGUCCUAAAUGGUUUUCUACCGGUAUAUGCGAUUGUAUCAGUAUCUGGCAAUAUUAUGGAGAUAUGUACUUGUUAUUGUAGAGAACCAGAGAAUCACAGUAAAUUUCCAUAUGUUCUCCUAGAUCUCCAUUAGUGGUUAGUGUUCACAUGCUGCUUAUAUAGGAAUAAUGUCAUUAGAAAAUCAAAAUACUGUAAAAUCUACUUCACGCAUACAAUAUUCAUUUUGGAGAAAUAUAGGGCCAAAUAACUGGGCUGUAAGUUAGACGAGCUUGUCUUAGAGGCACACAAACAUAUUAACAUUGUCUUCACAUGGCUGCCAAUCAAGGAUGACCAUUACAAAAUAUUAGCAACAUAUGCUUUUUUCCAGUUUAAGUAAAUUCCCUCUUUGGCAUUGAUAGUGCUGCAUUCUGUUUCAGUAUUAUAAGCAUUCAUCAUCAAAAAGUAAACCAGUAUGGGUAGUGUCUGUGUAGAUGAAGCUUGAUGCAUCCAUUCAUGCACAUACAAAAUACACUGUAUACACUUAUAUAUAAUUAUACUAAACAUUAUUUAUUAUACUUGAUUUUUUAUUAUAUUUUGUAGGUAGAUAUAGCUAAUGAUAUGAUGGUGAAGACUGAGCAUUAUUGAAUAAUGUAAUUUUAUCAAAGUUCUGGACACAAUUAUAGUAAUAGGGUACAGCCAGUCUGAGAAUUUUUUUGACAUGCUCCAGAUUAAUGGCAGGUUCUGUAGCUCGGCAAGAGGUUCAUGUCACUGGAAUUACUUUUCAGGAGGAAACAGAUUGGGAACAAAAAUACUUUUGGAUUGCUGCCUGUAAUUUGCGGCUAAAUUCCCAAAUACUCCUGAAACCCACAUCACGCUCUGAGCCACCAUCAAAGGCUGAGUGUCUCCUUUAGUACAAUAAAAAAUAACAGAGGACAUCCUGAGGAAGCAGUGUCCUAAUAUCACUACCCUGGCAUGUCUUCCCUGCUAGGAGAUCUGAAAAAUGACAUCUGAAACUGAAUAUUCCAUAGGGCCAGGGAACGUGUCCAGCCAUUUUAUACUGCCGUGAGAAUAUCACAGCCCUUGGUGUGUAUUGGUAAUUCUCACAUGGGAUUUUAAAGUUCCAGCCUCUGUUCUUGAAAAACAAAAUCAUAAUCUAUACUUUUUGUUCACAGCAUGCGAUUUAAAAAAUGUCUACCCACCUGUGGUCUAAUGUGCAUUUCUAAAGCUUAUGCUACUAAAAAAUUUAGUCUGUACGGAUUAGAUUUUAAAAGACUAAAAAAAUGUAUAAAAUCUGUGUAUUUUUCAGAUUCAUACAGAAGUGCACAUACUUAGAAUUCAGAAAGGUGUUUGUUUUCAUUGAAGUUCUACAAUACAAUAAUUAUAUUUUAAAAAGCAUUACAUUGUAGAAUAAUAUAGGUUAGGGGAAGGUUUCACCCUUAGCACAUACAGCUGCUUUUUCUGCUAUACACAUUAGAGGUGAUUUCAAAGUCCUAGGACUAUGGGUUGCAUAUCACAUAGUGGGCAGUUUUGUUAGUGACUGUAACAGCAUAUGCUGGUCUGCUAAUGUUGUCAUUCCUUGGAUAGUUUGUAUACCUUUUGUCUUGUAGCACAAAGGAAGUUGUGUUUACAUGUGUAUAUAUAGUUGCAAACACCUGCACAUUUAUACAAACUUGUUGCAAAGUCUGCUUGUUUUUUCUAUCCCUUGUAAAUAAGUUAGGCCCUGUAACUCUUCAGUGAAUGACGUUGUUACGUCUAUUUUUUUUAGGACCUUUUCGCCUGUAAGUUAAUAUAUAAAGCUUAUUUCCAAAAUUGUGUGUAUAUUGCACAGGCUCUGAGCUCACAAUAUUUAUUUAUGCUUCUUGACAAAUAUAUAGUCUACUACAUGGAUCUAAUGUUUGGAGACUUGUAAUGCCCUUUAUUGUAAUUCAUCCUAUAAAUUUAUACCAUGGAAUAUAAAAGGAUAUGCUAAAAAUUUCAGACGCCUACUGAUGUUUGCUUCAUCCAGAAAAACAUAGCAAAUAGUGGAUGCCUAGGAAGUUAUUAUAUAUAUAUAUGUUAAUGGCCCUGCACAUCAUCAGCAGUAUAGCUGGCUUGUUUUCCAGGGAUGGUGUAUUUACUUCACAACUUGCUACCGAACAUUUAGCAAACAUAUAUGGGCUACCAAAUAAUGAUGGCUUGUGUGUAAACCCAAGAAUAUGGGGUGGGCAAGCUUGAGCUACUUCUGGUUACCCCUUGUUUGUAUAAAUCUGUUAUGUAAAAUAAGAAGGAAAAAAGUCUGAAAUAAAGUUGUUGUUUUUUUACCUCAAAAA